AUGUCCAGGACACUCGCCCCCGACGAGCUGCACAUCCACAAAACUAUUGCAUCGAAGGUGGAUUUGGAAGAGAUGGAAAGUGUUGAAAGCGUGUCCGUCAUUGCAAUGAACAUGAGGCAUUCAAUUGUGAGUCCGGCGGUGUACAAGAUAAAAGGAACCGACUCUCUCCUUAUAUUUGGAAGCAUAGGGAAUUCAAUCGAUCUUCGUGAACUUCAGAAGAUGUAUGAAAACAGUGUUAAAAGUUCGGAGACAGAGGAGCAUGCUGGCCUUUAUAGCAGUAUCGGUGACAAUCUGCAGAAGGAGGAUGAGCAAAAACCUGAGGAAGUACCCGUCGAGGUUGACAACGAGCGGUUGUCCGAAGAGGAUAUAAAACUAAUAAGCCAACAAGUUAAGGCUUCGAGGAGCGAAAUAAUUAGGGCACUAGCCGAGUCUGAUUAUGAUGUUGUCAAUGCAAUGAUAAAGCUAACUAAAUAA